UGGCUACCCAGUGGCCCCGCUGCUCCCAUGGAUCCGCUGAACCUGUCCUGGUACGAUGACGAUCUGGAGAGCCGGAACUGGAGCCGGCCCUUCAAUGGGUCUGAAGGGAAAGCCGACAGGCCCCAGUACAACUACUACGCUAUGCUGCUCACCCUGCUCAUCUUCGUCAUCGUCUUCGGCAACGUGCUGGUGUGCAUGGCUGUGUCCCGCGAGAAGGCGCUUCAGACCACCACCAACUACCUGAUCGUCAGCCUCGCUGUGGCCGACCUCCUGGUGGCCACGCUCGUCAUGCCCUGGGUGGUCUACCUGGAGGUGGUGGGCGAGUGGAAAUUCAGCAGGAUUCACUGUGACAUCUUUGUCACUCUGGAUGUCAUGAUGUGCACAGCAAGCAUCCUGAACCUGUGUGCCAUCAGCAUUGACAGGUACACAGCCGUGGCCAUGCCCAUGCUCUACAACACGCGCUACAGCUCCAAGCGCCGAGUCACCGUCAUGAUCAGCGUCGUCUGGGUCCUGUCCUUCACCAUCUCCUGCCCACUGCUCUUUGGACUCAACAACGCAGACCAGAACGAAUGCAUCAUCGCCAACCCCGCCUUCGUGGUCUACUCCUCCAUCGUCUCCUUCUACGUGCCCUUCCUCGUUACCCUGCUGGUCUACAUCAAGAUCUACAUCGUCCUCCGCAGGCGGCGCAAGCGGGUCAACACUAAGCGCAGCAGCCGGGCUUUCAGGGCCAACCUGAAGGCCCCACUCAAGGGCAACUGCACUCACCCUGAGGACAUGAAACUCUGCACCGUUAUCAUGAAGUCUAAUGGGAGUUUCCCUGUGAACAGGCGGAGAGUGGAGGCUGCCCGCCGAGCCCAGGAACUGGAAAUGGAGAUGCUCUCCAGCACCAGUCCGCCCGAGAGGACCCGGUACAGCCCCAUCGCACCCAGCCACCACCAGCUGACCCUCCCCGACGCACCCCACCACGGCCUCCACAGCACACCUGACAGCCCUACCAAACCAGAGAAGAACGGACAUGCCAAAGACCACCCCAAGAUUGCCAGGAUCUUUGAGAUCCAGUCCAUGCCCAAUGGCAAAACCCGGACCUCUCUCAAGACCAUGAGCCGCAGGAAGCUCUCCCAGCAGAAGGAGAAGAAAGCCACCCAGAUGCUCGCCAUUGUUCUCGGCGUGUUCAUCAUCUGCUGGCUUCCCUUCUUCAUCACCCACAUCCUGAACAUACACUGUGACUGCAACAUCCCGCCCGUCCUGUACAGCGCCUUCACGUGGCUGGGCUAUGUCAACAGCGCCGUGAACCCCAUCAUCUACACCACCUUCAACGUUGAGUUCCGCAAGGCCUUCCUGAAGAUCCUACACUGCUGA